CCCAUUCCCAUUUCCCCAUUCUCCAUCCCGAUCCCGUCUCUCCCUCAUUCCCGCAGGGAAGGGAUGCUCCUCUCCUAACGCCCCGGCCCUCCCUCGGAUCAGCGCCAUUCCCGACCCCCGGAGCAGCUCUUCCCGCCGCCUUUCCGGGAUUCCCGACGCCAUGGGGACGCCGGAUCGGGAUCCCCCCCGGGAUUCCCGCCAGGAUUCCCAGCGGGAUCAGGAGGAGACGCGGAUCCUCAAGGUUUGCUUCUACAGCAACAGCUUCAACCUGGGCAAGAACUUCAAGCUGGUCAAGUGCACGGUGGCCACCGAGAUCCGGGAGGUGAUCCGCUCCAUCCUGCAGAGCGGCCGGAUCGGGCCGGACAUCCGGCUGGCCGCCUGCUACGGCCUGAGGCUGAAGCACGUCAAGUCGGACGAGAUCCACUGGCUCCAUCCCCACCUGACCGUGGGAGAAGUCCAGGAAAAAUACGAGUGCCUCCACCUGGAAGCCGAGUGGAGGUACGACCUCCAGAUCCGGUACCUGCCCGAGGAUUUCAUGGAGCGCUUCCAGGAGGACAGGACCACGCUGCUCUACUUCUACCAGCAGGUGCGCAGCGAGUACAUGCAGAGCUACGCCAGCAAGGUCAGCGAGGGCAUGGCCCUGCAGCUGGGCUGCCUCGAGCUCAG